GGCGGCGGCGGCGAUGGCGGCCCUGAGGGGACCUGCCGGGCGCUUCCGGUGGCGCGUGCGGGCCGUGCCGGGCGGAGCGCGGGGCACUGCAGGGCGGCAAUGCUAUGACCUCCUGGUGAUUGGCGGGGGAUCCGGCGGCCUAGCCUGUGCCAAGGAAGCCGCUCAGCUGGGGAAGAAGGUGGCCGUGGUGGACUACGUGGAGCCUUCCCCCCGAGGUACCCGGUGGGGCCUUGGUGGCACCUGCGUGAACGUCGGCUGCAUCCCCAAGAAGCUGAUGCACCAGGCGGCGCUGCUAGGGGGCAUGAUCCACGACGCCCCCCACUACGGCUGGAAGGUGGCUCAGCCCCUGCACGACUGGGGGAAAAUGGCAGAAGCCAUUCAGAACCACGUGAAGUCCCUGAACUGGGGGCACCGGGUCCAGCUGCAGGACAGAAAAGUGAAGUACUUUAACUUCAAGGCCAGCUUUGUCAACCCACACAUGGUUUGUGGUGUCUCAAAAGGUGGGGAAGAGACUCUGCUUUCGGCCGACCACAUUGUCAUCGCCACCGGAGGGCGGCCGAGGUACCCCACGCACAUCGAAGGUGCCUUGGAAUACGGGAUUACGAGUGAUGACAUCUUCUGGCUGAAGGAUUCCCCUGGAAAAACGUUGGUGGUUGGGGCCAGCUACGUGGCCCUGGAGUGCGCUGGCUUCCUCACUGGGCUCGGCCUGGAUGCCACUGUCAUGAUACGCAGUGUCCCUCUACGGGCCUUCGACCAGCAAAUGGCUUCCUUGGUCACAGAGCACAUGGUGGUUCACGGCACCCGAAUCCUGAGGGGCUGCACCCCCUUGAGGGUGGAGAGGCUCUCAGACAGGCGGCUCCAGGUCACCUGGGUGGACCUCGCCUCCGACAAGAAGGACACAGGCACCUUUGACACCGUCCUGUGGGCUAUAGGAGAGCAGCUGGAGACUUAAGGCUCCCCUCCCUGGGCUCCACCAGCCGCCACCCGACCUCUGGGGCCUGAGCCGUGGAAGCUGUGGAAAGUGUGCCUUUGAAGUCAUGCGUCCUGCCGUCGGGAUCCCCCAGCCACGGUGACGGGGGCCACCCGCUGCCCCCCUGGGGUCGGGCAGGAAGAGCGGCCCUUGCCACCCUGGCUCGACGAGGCCACAUCGUCUGAACUGGGAGAGAAAGGGUGGUGAGGCAGCUCAGCUGUGACGGGGCCCAGGCUGUGAGCACACGGAGCCGGCAGUGCCUGACACUGCCCCUCCUGGCCUCUCCCCUAAGAGCAGGGUUCGUGCUCUGACUGCCUGCAAGGAUGGGAGGGUGUGCAGUGCAGGCCCUGGAGGUCUUGGAGCUGGGGCUGCCCGGAGAGUCGGGGGGCGAGGUCGUGCACACUGUCUGCCUCCUUUGGGUCAGCUCGUGGGCCACGGGUGCCGGGGGAACGGCUGCUGCCAGAUGUGGGGACACGAGGCCACAGCCUCGUGGCAGAGAGAGGUAAACCCACGUGGAGCACCGUCCUGCCUCGCACAAGCUGCAGGAGGGGUGUCUUGGUGGGGGCGGAGGCCAGCCCAGGGGGGCCACGUGAGGACCCUGAGACACCCCUGCCGGGAAAUGCACGCAGGGGAUGGGGCCCCAGUGUCUGUGAGGCCUGGGUCCUGUUUCCGACUUCUCCUCAGGUUGAUGCCUUCAGAGGCUGCAAGGUCCUGUCGGGCUGAGCCUGCGGCCGUGCUGAUCCUUCCCAUCCAUCACUCCACCAUGUGGCCUGGGGUCCCUGGCCCCUCGGAGUCCGACCCCUUCAGUGGGGAGGGGCUUAGGGAGCACAGUCUGGGGCUGGGGGCACAUCGCCCUUGGUUGCUGCUGCUUCUACACCGUUUCUGUGGUCAGAGCCAGGAGCCUUGUAUUUUUAAAAAAUCAUGAAUUUCCAAUUCAAAGUUGACGUCACGGAGUUUGAACCGUCCUCUUUGAGUGACAUGUAGGACCUGUUAGCAUCUGCACUUGUGGGGACGUGACCCUCGGAGGCCGAGUUCCAGAAACCAGAGGUCUGAAUUUGGAGAAGGCUGGUGUGCGUACCAACCCCAACACUCAGAAGAUCCUGGUUGACGCCCA